AUGCGACGAAACCAGCCUUCCCAGGUGCUAGUGCUGCUGCUUUGCAGCUUGACUUCUUUGACUGCGGCAUUUGUCAUUCCUUCUACUACUAGAAGCACUGCGAGUCCCUCUACGGUUUCAAAGCCCUCUCUGUUGUUGUUUGCAACGGUGAGCGAUGACAUUGACGUCGAUACUGAGAUCAAUGCUGCCAAGUCCAUUUUGGUCACGGCAGCCGAAACCAAGGCAGAAGAUUCGGAUACUGUGAUUGAAGCGUUGUUGAGUCUGGAGAAGCUAAUGCGAAAAAAGGCGAAAGCCGAAGGAGAAUCAGUGGCAGAGGACAUGAAGACACAACUCAACGGAGACUGGCGACUCAUCUUUACCACGGGAACGGCAGAUACACAACAGAAAUAUGGCAAGAUCAACUAUUUCCCCUUGAAGGCUGUGCAAACCUUUCGCACGGUCGAGGAAGAUCCCAUGAAAAUCACCAACGGAAUCUUUGCCGGUGACUUUCCGUUGGUCAAAUUCUUUGGAGAAAUGGACUUUGAUCUCAAAAAGAGAAAAUUGGAAUUCGAUUUCAAUCAACUGCUUGUGUUGAACUUGAUUGAAAUCAAUCUAGGAAAGGGAGAUGCGGCCAAAAUUGGAGCAUCCAGUGGUUUGGGAUCCGAAAGCAAUGUAGAGAAUGUCAAGAAAGGACGACAGGCAUUCUUCAACUGGAUCAGUGCGGAUGCACAAAUUGCCACAGCACGAGGUGGUGGUGGUGGAUUGGCGCUCUGGAAGCGUGUCGAUUGA